AUGGCGUUCUUUUUACAGUACAGAGCUCUGCAGCGACAUGUGAAGGAAGAAUUACAACGCGUCACUGAAGUCUCAGACCCACUGACUGCUCGUACUGCACGCUCGUCCGACGAGGCACAUGGGCUGGGGGAUUCAGCCUUACCUAAAGAGCUGGAAAAAGGUGAACCGUUCACUCGGAUUCCAGGCAUCACGCUGAGAGAAGAUGGUAACAAUGAGCUGUAUUACCAGGUUGAUUGGAGCGGGCCCGAUGACCAACACAACCCAAAGCAAUUCUCGACCAUGCACCGUAUUGGCGCGACGUUACUCGUAUGCCUUGUCGCUUUCGUUGCGACUCUCGCAUCUUCCAUCGACUCUGCAGUUCUCACCAGAGCGUCCGCUGAGUUUGGGGUUUCGGAGGUAGCGGAGUCGUUGGCUACUGCACUCUUUUUGGUAGGCUUCGGCUUCGGGGCUCUUUUGCUGAGCCCGCUCUCGGAGCUCCUCGGACGAUACCCGGUUUAUCUUGGCUCUCUCUUCGUCUUCGCGUGUUGGACUCUAGGAUCCGCUUUAGCCCCGAAUUUUGGUGCCCAGAUUGCCUUCAGAUUCCUAGCUGGAUUUUCUGCUAGUACUCCUCUCACGGUCGCGGGCGGCUCUGUGGGAGACCUAUGGAGUCCAGUUGAAAAGACAUUCGCCUUUCCACUGUUCGCAAUACCCGCAUUCGGUGGACCAGUCUUAGGUCCAGUCAUAGGUGCUUACAUCGGCUACGGGGAGGACAUCAGCUGGAGAUGGACCGAGUGGAUAACACUGAUCUUAAUCGGAGUAACUUUCACGCUGAUAUUGCUGUUCAAAAGAGAAUCAUUCGCACCGCGUCUUUUACACUACAAGGCACAUCAUUUCCGAAAGUUCACAGGGAACAACCGUUUCCUCACUGCGACAGAAGCAUCGCAUGGCUCUAUCGGUGAACUCUUAUCCAAAUCUUUUCUUCGACCGUUCCUUCUCUGCACGCAGCCAAUCGUCGUGGCUUUCACUCUUUACUUGAUGAUCGUCUACAUCAUAUUGUUCACGUUCUUGGAUGGCUACCCUUACAUCUUCGCGGAAACCUUCGACAUCAACGAGGGGCUAUCCAACAUCUGCUUCGUGGGCUUGUUCGUCGGCAUAGCUCUUUCCGCGCUUCUUGUUCCAGUUGCAUAUCGCAGAACCGUGCGACAACUCGAGAAAGAUGGAGACGAUGGAUCCGGUAAAGCUAUACACCGCGAGUCAAGAUUGUUCUUUGCCAUGAUUGGAGCACCUACACUGCCUAUUGGUCUCUUCUGGAUGGGGUGGACUGACUAUGCUUCGGUGUCGAUAUGGUCGCCUCUAGCAGCAUCAUUGCUCGUUGGCUUCAGCAACAUUUGCAUCUUCAUGUCCGCAUACAUGUACAUCAUCGACAGCUACGAAGCAUACGCAGCAUCAGCCUUGACGUUUGUCGCGCUGGUCAGAUACAUCGCAGCUGGUGGGAUGACUGUUGUUGGUAUUCCCAUGUACAGGAACCUAGGCACUCAUUGGACUUUGACCCUGCUUGGUAUCAUCAGUGUCAUAGCACUGCCGAUUCCUUACGUGCUUUACCGUUUCGGGCCAAGUCUCCGGAAACGCAGCAAGUGGGCAGUACAAUAA